AUGAAGGUCACCCAGGGGGUGGUGAAAAUGAAACAGAGACUGAGAACCAAAGUAUGGUGGCCAGGUAUUGAUGCACAAGCUGAAGCACACUGCAAGUCAUGUCAUGGAUGUCAAGUUGUAUCAAGUCCAAAUCCUCCCCCACCAUUGUUUCGAACAACUUUACCAUCACUACCGUGGCAACAUUUGGCAGCUGAUCUCCUCGGACCGUUGCCCUCGGGAGAUAACAUUCUAGUGGUAGUGGACUAUUACAGUAGAUUUUUUGAACUUUACAUUCUGAAGAAAGUUUCAACGGAUGCCAUCAUUGGCUGUUUGAAAAAGGCUUUUCUUACACAUGGUUUACCUUAUACACUGAAAACAGACAAUGGUCCACAGUUCAUCAGUGACAGUUUUGAGGACUUUAUGGAACAGGAGGGAAUAAUCCACAACACAUCCACACCUUAUUGGCCCCAGGCAAAUGGAGAGGUCGAGAGACAGAACAGGUCACUGCUGAAGAUAUUGAGGAUUUCUCAGGUGGAAGAGAAAAAUUGGAAACAGGAAUUGCAACAUUUCCUCAUGAUGUACAGAAGUACGCCGCAUUCAUCUACUGGAAAAGCACCAGCUGAGAUGCUCUUUGGUAGAAAAAUUAGGACAAAAUUGCCAGAAUUGGUUGACUUUGGUAUUGACGACGAUGUCCGAGACUUCGACUCUGUACAAAAGAUGAAAGGGAAGGAUUAUGCUGAUCUGAAGCGAUGUGCUCAACAUACUCCGAUACAGACAGGGGAUAAAGUGCUUGUUAGACAACAUCGUGAGAACAAGUUAAGCAGUAAUUUCCAUCCUCAACCUUGUACAGUAGUGAACAGGUAUGGGAAUGCAGUUGAUCUGGAAUCUAGUACAGGUGGCAUGUAUAGACGACAUGUUACUCAUGUUAAAAAGUAUGUGUCAAAACCAGAUGGUGAUGUGAAGAACACUAACAGUCAUGUUUCUAGUCAACAUCGUGCGUUGUCUGAGACAGCAGAGGUACGGGAUACAAGUGUUUCUAAAGUAACAGACAUUGACAGUACACCGGGUGCAGCAAAACAGGAGUAA